AUGGAAGGGGCCAUUGAGGUCGCUCAGCAUCCCACUGUUGUUCACGAGAUUCCUGAGGAGACAGCUGCGCAGGCCGCGGACGCGGUCCGCUUGUCAGCAAAGAGGACGAGGGAGAUCUUCGCCGCAGAUCUUGGGAGUCUGUCAGCUCUAGACAGAUCUCUUCAGCCAGCGAUCGCACCAAAGGAGCCAUCGGUCAACGAACGCGCACAGAAAGCGAGCAUCGCAUCAAGGAUAAGGAACGAGUAUGCCGAUGUCAAGGAGCUUCCUGCUGCUCUUGCGGCGAGACAGGCGCAGGGUGUGGUAGCUGCCGCGGCGCGGAGGAAGAAGACCAAGGUCGAGGAGGUGGUCAGCGAUGCGGACAUGGCGAGAAUGAUCGACGACAUAUCAGAAUCGGGUCCUCAAGGGUCCCAGGCGGCAGGCGCAUCCAUGGCCCUGACACGAAUCACUGGCACUGCGACCGCCAAACUCCCUCCGAACGCGCAUGGUCCCACACCUCAGAGGGAUACAGCCUCAACAAGCCUUGUCCGGCGAGAUACGGUCCGAGCUCAGAAACCGAGCUGGCAUGCUCCAUGGAAGCUUUUCCGUGUUAUCUCGGGUCAUCUCGGUUGGGUGCGAUCUUUGGCGGUCGAGCCGGGCAACGAAUGGUUCGCAUCUGGUGCAGGCGACCGCACCAUCAAGAUCUGGGACAUGGCGACGGGCACCUUGAAGUUGACACUGACCGGUCACAUCUCCGCCGUGCGUGGAUUGGCCGUCAGUCCUCGACAUCCCUACCUCUUCAGCUGUGGUGAGGACAAGAUGGUCAAAUGCUGGGAUCUCGAGACGAACAAGGUCAUCCGACAUUACCACGGUCAUCUUUCAGGAGUCUAUUCCCUAAGCUUGCAUCCCACGCUUGACGUCCUAUGUACCGGCGGCCGAGACGGCGUCGUACGCGUGUGGGACAUGCGCACGCGGUCCAACAUCCACGUCCUGGGAGGACACAAGGGCACUGUUGGCACCAUUCUCACCCAAGCCACCGAUCCCCAGAUCAUCUCAGGCAGUCUCGACUCCACGAUUCGAAUGUACGAUUUGGCAGCCGGAAAGACCAUGGGUGUGCUCACCCACCACAAGGGCGGCGUGCGAGCGCUCGUCAACCACCCGACCGAAUUCACCUGGGCGUCCGCCGCACCGCGACAGAUCAAGCAGUGGCUGCACCCGCGGGGCGAUUUCAUGAUGAACUUCGAGGGCCACAACAGCGUCAUCAACACGCUGGCCGUGAACGAGGAGAACGUCAUGUUCAGCGGCGGUGACAACGGCAGUGUUGCGUUCUGGGACUGGAAGACCGGUCAUCGGUUCCAAUACGGCGACAGCGUCGCGCAGCCCGGCUCCUUGGAUUCUGAAGCGGGCGUGUUCUGCAGCACGUUUGACCUGUCGGGGUUGCGCCUCAUCACGGGCGAGUCGGACAAGACGAUCAAGAUGUGGAAGCAGGAUGACACGGCCACCGAGGAGACGCACCCGCUCGAUUGGCAGCCGACGUUGGGUCGACAGAAAUUCUGA